UGUCCUCCCGAAAUUGGGCUACUAUGGUUUAUACUUUCCGCUCAGCCUUCAAAGUUGGUUCAGUCGCUAAGGAAAAACAUCCCAAAUAGCGCCCUUCCCACGCACAAAAAAAGCCUACAGAGGUAUGCGUGUUCUCAGAGGUCACUCAAGCAUAGUCCCCUCUACGUGGUGGGACACGGCUUGCUUCACCCAACCUUCAGGUCACAGGUGACUGCUUCCUGGGGGGAAGGUAGAUGCGGCGAACCUCCCGGAAGUGGAUGUGGCGGAGGCUGCGCAGGAGCGCUGCGCGGAGGGUAGCGGGAGGGCGCCGGCGGCGGAGACGGCGCGCGGGGAGCUCCUGCGCUUGAGCUUACCGCGGCCGGGAGGAAUUGCUUCCUGCUUGUUGUGGACCGAGAUGCCCAUGACGGAGUUGUGCCAGACGGAGAAAAUCUGUUCCGGGUGAGCCCAGGCCGUCCUCAAACUGCGAUGGCCGAGGAGCGGACACUGAAGACCAUACUGCGGUUGGGUUUCAAACCAAGACAUUGGAUUCUCCUGGUGAAAAUAACUAAUUCUGAAUGAAUAGUAGAAAUGGCAUAAUCUCCAUUAACUCAUAAUUUGAAGGCAUGACAAUCAAACAACACACGUGGACUUCUGGUACAUGGAAAUGUGUACACAGAAAAAGGAAAUCUAUAGUUCUUUAGAAGUAGGAAGGCAUUCAUCCUCCCUAAAAUGAACACACUGUGCUCAGUUAUCAAGUUCGAAAAUCUCCAAGAAUUAAAGAGACUGUGCCACUGGGGCCCCAUCAUAGCUCUUGGUGUUAUAGCAAUAUGCUCUACCAUGGCCAUGAUUGACUCCGUGCUGUGGUAUUGGCCCCUGCAUACAACUGGCGGAAGCGUGAACUUCAUCAUGUUGAUAAACUGGACUGUUAUGAUUCUUUAUAAUUACUUCAAUGCCAUGUUUGUUGGUCCGGGCUUUGUCCCUCUCGGGUGGAAACCGGAAAAUUCUCAGGAUAGCAUGUAUCUACAGUAUUGUAAAGUCUGCCAAGCGUACAAGGCACCGCGUUCCCAUCACUGCAGAAAAUGUAACAGAUGUGUGAUGAAGAUGGACCAUCACUGUCCUUGGAUCAACAACUGUUGUGGUUACCAAAAUCAUGCUUCGUUCACACUGUUUCUCCUUUUAGCACCACUGGGUUGUAUCCAUGCCGCUUUCAUUUUUGUCAUGACUAUGUAUACACAGCUUUAUAAUCGGCUCUCCUUCGGGUGGAACACAGUGAAGAUUGAUAUGAGUGCAGCCCGAAGAGAUCCUCUUCCCAUUGUUCCCUUUGGAUUAGCUGCAUUUGCUGCCACGUUGUUUGCCUUGGGAUUAGCUUUAGGAACAACUAUAGCUGUUGGGAUGUUGUUUUUUAUCCAUAUAAAAAUAAUUCUCAGAAAUAAAACUUCUAUUGAAUCCUGGAUCGAAGAGAAGGCUAAAGAUCGAAUUCAGUAUUACCAACUAGAUGAAGUCUUUGUUUUUCCUUAUGAUAUGGGAAGUAGAUGGAAGAACUUUAAACAGGUAUUUACAUGGUCAGGGUUCCCUGAAGGAGAUGGAUUGGAGUGGCCAAUAAGAGACGGAUGUCACCAGUAUAGCUUAACAAUAGAACAGUUGAAACAAAAGGCAGAUAAAAGAGUCAGAAGUGUUCGCUAUAAGGUAAUAGAAGAUUAUAGUGGUGCCUGCUGUCCUUUGAAUAGAGGAAUCAAAACCUUCUUCACAAGCCCCUGCACUGAAGAACCUCGAAUACAGCUACACAAGGGGGAGUUCGUUUUAGCCACAAGAGGGUUACGAUACUGGUUAUAUGGAGACAAAAUUGUUGAUGAUUCCUUUAUAGAAGGUGUGUCAAGAAUAAGAGGGUGGUUCCCCAGAAACUGUGUGGAAAAAUGUCCCUGUGAUACUGAAACAGAUCCGACCCCAGAAGGCGAGAAGAAAAACAGAUAGCCACUGUUAAAAUGAAAUGAUUCUUUAAUUCUGCUUCAUUACUUGAAAAUUAUACAUAUUACUGAAGAAUUAUGCAACAAGCCUACUCUGGUUAAGAUGUUCUUUUCCUCAAAGGUGCCCUAGUGCCAUGGUUUAAAUAUUUCUAUUACUGAUUUGGAAUGGAGAAGCCAUUCUGUGUAUGCCUUUGAAUUCCUUCCCCUUUUUAUCACCUCUUCUUCCCCGCAGAAGGAAAAACAUUUCACCCAAGUAGCUAAUGGCAUUCCUUCUGGGUUUUUCUUUAUGCAUUGUCUACUGUGGACUUCACUUGCAGAUACAGUUUCCCUUUGCUAGGAGCAUCUGCAUGUGCCACUUCUUGUUUCCUUCUCAGUUGAUGCUUCUUAAAUACUCUAGCAACUGUAAGAACUUUGUCAGAUUAAAUAUAAGCUCAAAUUUUGUUACUUGUCUUUUAAUAAUGCAGAUUUUGUCAGAUGAAAUAAAGAUCAAUGGAUGUUCUGAUAAAUCAUA